UCGGUGAUUGUAAUUGGUUGUUCAAAGCAGCGACGAAGUCUUCUGUCAUCAAUGGUAUGUCACGGAGGUUCAUAUGAGUCGUGACUCCAACUUUAGACCGCAAAAGAGCUGGGCAUCCUAGGGCCGAAUGCAGAAGACAGUGGCUGUCCUGGGAGGGGGGAUCGGGGGCCUGUCAGCCUGCUUCCACCUCAGCAAGAGCCCCCAGGUCUCCAAGAUAGUGCUGCUGGAGAGGGAUGGACGGUUCGGAGGCUGGCUAAGUUCAACUCGUAGGGAGGAUGGAGCUGUGUUUGAACAUGGACCCAGAGGGAUUCGACCUGCAGGAGCCGUGGGACGAAACACACUCAACAUGGUGGAAGAGUUGGGGCUGGAGAGCGAGGUCCUCCCAGUCACCUAUGAUCACGUGGCCUCUAAGAACCGUUACCUCUACGUGGGAGGCCAGCUGCACAAGAUGCCUUCUGGCUUAGGUGGAGUAGUGCGUACAGUCCCUCCGUUCUCUCGUCCUCUGGUCCAGAGCAUACUGAAGGAGAUACUGAUCAGCAGAGGAAAGGAGGAGGAUGAGUCUGUUCAUUCCUUCGUGUCGAGAAGGCUGGGCACUGAGCUUGCAGACAUUGCCAUCGACAGCCUGUGCAGGGGAGUGUUUGCAGGGGACUGCAGGAAGCUGAGUGUGCGCUCUUGUCUCCCGCCACUCUACAACGCAGAGAAGGCCAGAGGUUCCAUCAUCCUGGGAAUGUUGCUGGGCUCAGGCCCUGGACCAGACGUACCCCGCUCUACCCUGACCAAGAGGGCCGCUCAGGAGAACUGGGCCCAGUGGUCACUGAAGAGGGGCUUACAGAACCUUCCAGAAGCCCUGGAGGAGAGGAUGAGGAAUGGGGGACGUGUAGAGGUGCACAGAGACACCCCUGUGAUGGGGCUAAGUACUAAUGGCACCGGCUGGGAGAUUCAACUGGAGGACGGCACCAUCAAAGCUGAUCAUAUCAUUGCUGCUCUACCGGCAAAAGCUCUGGCCUCAGCACUGCCCUCUGCUGCACAGCCCCUGUCACAGCAGCUACUGGAGAUCGCCACAGUGACCGUUGCCGUGGUAAACCUGGAGUACGAGGGUUCCGUCCUGCCUGUCACGGGCUUUGGCCACCUGGUGCCAUCCUCAGAAGACCGAGGUCUCCUAGGGGUGGUCUAUGACUCUGUGCCCUUCCCUCAGCACAACCGCACUGGAGGACCCACCACCAGACUAACAGUGAUGAUGGGCGGGGCCUGGUUCCAGGAAGUGUUUGGGAAUCCAGAGGAAGUGACCGAGCAGCUCCUCCUGGAUAGGGCCACCCAGGCGGUGACAUCACACCUGGGCGUUACCACACCACCUAUCUGGAGCGUCGUUGCACUACUCAAGGACUGCAUUCCUCAAUAUUACCUUGGACACUGGAAACGACUUGAAAAUAUGAGACAAUACAUCAGAGACCACAAUCUACCCCUUAGCCUGGCUGGGUCCUCUUAUGAUGGCGUCUCGGUCAAUGAUGUCAUCUUCAGUGGACGGACGGCAGCAGAGGGCCUUGUGGGAAAAGUCUAAGCAGACGUUCGGGUUCCCAACCAUGGAUAUAAGCUUAUAUUGUGAAAUAGAUCUUGGUUUUUUUCCUCAUCGCAUUGCGUUGUACAUUUAGUUUUGCUUUUACACAACUGUAUCACAACCGGCCAUGAUUGGGAGUCCCAUAGGGCGGUGCACAAUUGGCCCAACGUCAUCCGGGUUUGGCCG